AUGAUGUCCCGAAGAACGAAUAGAGCUAAAUCCUCUCAAAAAAGUGGCUCUAAGAAUUUGAAUAGAAGUAUAAUGAUGAGGAAAUAUGGACUUGAUGAGACACAAGCGUAUGUAGAACAGAGUACUCUGCUUGAACCAAACAACUUUAUUCCAUCUUGGGAAGCAGGAGAUGAGGAGAAAAAGGAAGUAUCUAAUGCUUUAAAGAAGCUCAGAUUUAAAUAUGAUGCCAUCCAUAAAAUGGUUGUCGAAAAAACUAACCAACUAGAUUUGAUUAAAAAAGGAGUAGAGAAAAUCGGUUAAGAAGAGCAUAAAGUAGAGUAAGAUACUGGAGGUACUCACUAAGAGACUGAAAUGGCUAAAAAGGAACUAGCAUUUAUAAGUUAAACACAUGAAUUCGAGCAGCUUUUCUAGUGUCAAUAUCAACAUAUGCUUGACAGAAUGAAGAAAGACCUGAUCUCAUUAUAACUAACAUCAAACGAUUUGACUGAGUCAUUAAAAUCAAAGAAAAUCAUUAUCAAUGAUGAGCUGAAUAAGUAGAGGAAAAGCAAGGAAAAUAAGCUACAAUCUAAAUACAGGCUUGACAAUUUGAUGAAGAAUAUUGAUCAUGAACAGAAGAAAAGAUAGGAGAGAAUAUUAUCACUAUAGACAUCUAUUAGAAAUAAGGAGGAAGCUUUGUAGAAGAGAAUGGAUAGAGUUAGAAGAUAAUCAGAGAUUGCUGAGGCUGCAGCAAAUGAAAAUAAAGAUUCAAAUGAGAUCAAGUUGAGAGAAAAUUUCAUGAUGCAAAGAAUGUGGAGCUAAUUCUACAAAAAGAAGAUGAACAACGAGAUGAAAAAAUCUCAUCAAAUUGAAGAGGCAUUUCAGGCGAUAAGAACAGCUACUGGAUGCACUGAUGUUUAAGAUAUAGUUCAGAAAUUUAUGACUAAAGAAUAGACUUACGCUUAAUUGCUUAAGGCUGUUAGUGAGAAUGAAAAGAGACUUGAGAACCUGAGAAGAGAAAAUGAAUUGAAAAGAGAGGAAUUGCAUUAGCUCUAAAUCAAUUUCAACUAAAUUGCCAACCCAGGUAAAGGCAGAUCAAAGAGUCAACCAGCUACUGGUACUAUGGCAACCUAAGAAAUAAUAGAUCUUGAAAAAGAAAUUGAAAUUCUAGAAAGAGAGGUAUCGCAAAAUGAAGAGAGAAAGAAAAAGAUUUAUUUAGUUACUGACUAAGUAGGUGGAUGGGGCAACAGAGUUAUUAAUAAAUUGAACAGCCAAAUUCUUGGAUAGGAUAACACUCCUAUGUAGAAGAAGUUGCCUAUUUUGACACUUUUUAACUAAAUCACUGAGAUAGUUUGUUAAUAGCUUGAAGAUAUAAUUCAGGCCUAAGAAUAGGAAGAUCAGGAGACUGGUUUUAUUACAGCUAAAGAUUUCAUGAAUGAUUUUGCAACCGAAGAAUUCCUCACCAAAAACAUAAGAGUUAGACCAAUCAGUGGAACUACUCAUAAAGAUGGAGACGAUAAAAGCGAGCACAUUUCGAGAGCCAAUCUUAUGGAUAACGGUAGUGUCGGCGGAGAUGAUGAAGAAAAAUUCAACAAAAUGGUCAAUUUAGAGAUGGAGGACCAGAGAAAGAAGAUUAAAAUCCAGAGAGAGGAGAUGGAAAGAAAGAAGUAACUAGCAGAGGAAAAGAAAGAAAAAGCUGCUAAAAAGAAAUAGUGA